AUGAACCGGAGGAAAGCUGCGGCGAAAGGCGACCUGGCGAAGCUGAUAUGGUGCUUCAUCGGCGUGGUGGGCACGCUCAUCAUCUACGGCAUUGGCCAGGUGCGUCGCUGCGACACUGAUGGCCCAUACGUGCUUCAAAGUUCGGAGCGGAUAAUGAAGUUUCCGUACGGUGACAGGGACGAGGACUCAGAGUACUUCCAGCAUUCACUCUUCAUCGUGCUCUGUAACCGCCUCAUGACGUGCGCUGUCGCAGUCAUCGUGCACCUGGUGACAGGAGCGUCGCUGGCUCUAGUGGCUCCAAUUUACGCCUAUGGUGCUGUGUCCCUCUCCAAUGUCAUCUCGUCCGGGUGCCAAUACGAGGCCCUCAAGUACGUGAGCUUCCCUCUGCAGACCAUCGCCAAGUCAUCCCGCAUGGUGCCUGUGCUGAUCUGGGGCACGAUCAUAUCGCGCAAGCAGUACAAGCCCAGGGAGUACAUCAUCGCCAUCACCAUCAUCCUCGGCUCCUGCCUCUUCUUCCUCAACGUGGGUAAGGCGGUGCAUGCGUGGGGUGUCUGGGGUAAGGCGGUGCAUGGCUGGGAUGAGAUAUCUGGGGCGGUGCAUGGCUGGGAUGAGAUAUCUGGGGCGGUGCAUGGCUGGGAUGAGAUAUCUGGGGCGGUGCAUGGCUGGGAUGAGAUAUCUGGGGUGGUGCAUGGCUGGGUGACUGCCGCAGUGCGUGGGAGAGCUGGGGUAGGGCAGAGCGCGCAUGGUAUACCUGGGCACGUCUCCCCUUUCCUAUCCGCUGGCUUUCUGUGUGUCCCCUCAUCCUCACUCACGGACCUCACCCUUCUCCCGCUUUCCCCUAGCUUUGACGGCUUCACGAACACCUUUGACGGGUUCACCAACACGUUUCAGGACAAGCUGUUUGAGGGCUAUGACAUGCCGGCCGCCAACCAGGUGCUCUACAUCACACUCUGCUCCUCCGUCAUCAGCCUGCUGGGCCUGCGCCAGGACCUAGCAGCAGCCAUUGCAUUCAUCAUGCGCCAUCCCGACUGUGCCCUCCACAUUGCAGUGCUCUCUGUGGCAGCCACCAUAAGCCAGUUCUUCAUCUCCUACACCAUUAAGACCUUUGGUGCUCUCACCUUCGCCACCAUCAUGACCACCCGCCAGCUUCUCAGUAUCGUGCUAUCAUCUACCGUCUAUGGUCCGCCUCUCUCCUCCACACAGCAAGUCGGCACACCACUGCUCUUUGUUCCCACCACCGCACUCCCUACUGCACCACCGCACUCCCUACUGCACCACCGCACUCCCUACUGCACCACCGCACUCCCUACUGCACCACCGCACUCCCUACUGCACCACCGCACUCCCUACUGCACCACCGCACUCCCUACUGCACCACCGCACUCCCUACUGCACCACCGCACUCCCUACUGCACCACCGCACUCCCUACUGCACCACCGCACUCCCUACUGCACCACCGCACUCCCUACUGCACCACCGCACUCCCUACUGCACCACCGCACUCCCUACUGCACCACCGCACUCCCUACUGCACCACCGCACUCCCUACUUCACCACCGCACUCCCUACUGCACCACCGCACUCCCUACUGCACCACCGCACUCCCUACUGCACCACCGCACUCCCUACUGCACCACCGCACUCCCUACUGCACCACCGCACUCCCUACUGCACCACCGCACUCCCUACUGCACCACCGCACUCCCUACUGCACCACCGCACUCCCUACUGCACCACCGCACUCCCUACUGCACCACCGCACUCCCUACUGCACCACCGCACUCCCUACUGCACCACCGCACUCCUUACUGCACCACCGCACUCCCUACUGCACCACCGCACUCCCUACUUCAUCACCGCACUCCCUACUGCACCACCGCACUCCCUACUGCACCACCGCACUCCCUACUGCACCACCGCACUCCCUACUGCACCACCGCACUCCCUACUGCACCACCGCACUCCCUACUGCACCACCGCACUCCCUACUGCACCACCGCACUCCCUACUGCACCACCGCACUCCCUACUGCACCACCGCACUCCCUACUGCACCACCGCACUCCCUAUUGCACCACCUCUCACCAGAUGGCGGUCUUUCAGUGA